AUGUUUCAACGUCCACUGUCGUUUACUCGGGGUUCCGAUUCAUUUAUUUAUCAAGCACGUUCAUUAAUCUAUUCAUCCUUGUUCAUCUACCUACCUAUCAAUCAAGCCCGGCCAAUCUAUUUACAAAAGCUGUUCCAUGUAUCUACUAAGCCUGUUCAUCCAUCAACCGAGCUUGUUCAUCCAUUAAGGCUGUUCAUCCGUGUACCUACCAAGCGUGUUAAUCUGUCUAACAAUCCUAUCCGUCAAUCAAUCUAUCCUCCAAGCCUCUUGUUCAUCUAUCAAGCCUUUCCAUCUAUCUACCAAGUCUAUUCAUAUAUCUAUGUAUCUACCAAGCCUGUUGAUAUAUCUACCAAGUCUGUUAAUCUAACAAGCCUGUUCACCUACCUAUCUACCUACCAAGCAUGUUCCGCUAUCAAGUCUUAUUAUCUAUCAACCAAGUCUAUUCAUCUAUCCAUUUACCAAGCCUGUUUAUCUAUCAAACCUGUUCCUCUCUCUUUCAAGGCUGUUCAUCUAUCUACAAACCUCCUAUCUAUCAAACAUGCUACUCUCUCUACCAAGCCUGUUCAUCUAUCUAUCUAUCUAUCCUAUUUAUCUACCAAGAAUCUUCAUCUAUGUACCCUACAGUUAUCUAUAUAUCAACCAAGCCGGUUCAACUAUUUACCAAGCCUGUCGAUUUAUUUAGAAAGCCUGUUCAUUUAUCUAUUUACCAAGACUGUUCAUCUAUCUAUCUACUAA